UGGGGGGGGGAUCGCAGGAAACGCUCCCGCAGCUCCGUUCUCUGCUGCGGGAGAAAGCACCGGGAGCACCCUCGGUACCGGGAGCACCCUCGGUACCGGGAGCACCCUCGGUACCGGGAGCACCCUCGGGAUCGGGAACACCCCCGGUACCGGCCCCCCCGUCGUGGGGCCAAACCCCUCCUGUUCGUCCCCGCAGUGAGGAGCUCAGGCAUAUGGUGUUGCAAGAGGGCUGUCUCAGACACCUCCCCAGGGAACAUCAGCCCACAGGCUUCAAGCUCAGGAUUAAACAGCCAGAGGAGGGGAAGGAACCAUGUUCCAGGCUACAGGACCUGCCAGCCCCCCCCCCAACUCAUGAGGUGAAGAACAACUCAGGAGGCAGCUCCGUGCAACGCUCCAAGUCCUUCAGCCUGAAGGCUCAAGUGAAGGAGAUGUGCACUGCCUGCCAGAAAACUGUCUACCCCAUGGAGAGGCUGGUGGCAGAUAAAUUUGUCUUCCACAACUCCUGCUUCUGCUGCAAGCACUGCCACACCAAGCUCAGCCUGGGCAGCUAUGCAGCUCUCCACGGGGAAUUCUACUGCAAGCCCCACUUCCAGCAGCUCUUCAAGAGUAAAGGCAACUACGACGAGGGCUUCGGGCGCAAGCAGCACAAGGAGCUGUGGGUGCACAAGGAGGUGGAGAGUGGGACCAAGACAGCCUGAGCCACCCCUUCCUUCCCUGGAGCCCAGCAGAGACAGCUCGGAGCAGUGCUGAGCCAGGGGCUAACUGAGCUGAUGUAAAACAAAGGGGAUCCCAAGGACCUGGGGGUGGGAAGGGAUGGGAGGCAACCCCCUGGGGCUCACUUGGGAGGAUGCUCGGAGGGGUCCAGAAGGACAGGGUAGAGGGUAGCAGGGUAAAGCCCCCAGACCUAAAGCCCUCUCUCUGCCUUCUCACUAAUGAGAAGAACAGAAGCACUUGCCCCCAGGGCAUCCCCAACCCUGCUGAUGACGUUUUCAAGCCUGUCACCACGAAACAGGAGAUGCUCUGGGGGCUUAAGCCAACCUGCAAGUCACAGCAGAGCUCCUGGCUCCUGCCACACCAGUCCUGCCUUGCUGUGGGGCUCUGGCUAAAGAGAGUCCUUGGUUUACAUCAGCUCAGUUCAGCUGGGAUCGUUCAGCCUUAAGGAUGCCACUGCAACUGUUCAACAGUUUCUGUCCUUUUUAUAUUUGCCUUUGAUGGGUACGUUCAGUGCUGGAGCCUGGCACGGCAGCUUCAGGCAUCACACUCUUUUAUUUUUGUAAUACAAGGUUUCCGAGCC